UAUCCUUCUAACAUUUAAUCGUAAAUUAAAUAAACAAAUAAUACUAUUAAUGCUAAAAAAUAUUCCGUUUUCGUUCAGUCUAAUUUCGAGGAUAAUCCAAUCCAAUGUUUCAGCUCUAAAAGAGAGAUUGAACUUGUAUGACUGACUCGCUUAAGUGAUAUUGUUAUGCCCAAGGGUAUUUCAUCCGACAAAAAUCUUGUUCUUUUAUUCUGCCCGGCGUUUUUUUCGCUUCUUAACAAAAACGAGAGAAAGACUAAUUAGCUGCGAGGAUGUGUGAGAGGAAGUGAGCUGAGCGCUGCCGAACUAAGUGUGCAAGUGCACCCACUCGACUACUGGUUGGCCAAUUUUUCUCAGCGAAUUCCCACCUCGUGAGACUGCAAGGAUGCGUAAAGCACGGCUCACUCGUGCUAGCAACGUUUAUGGAAACAGUGGCGGUGGAGAUGCGAGUCAGUGUGGUGCGAGUGUACUGGGCGCCCCUAAUCGAUUUUGAGGGUGCAUCCGGAUAGUUUGGUGCACGCAAGAAUCAUGUGUUCGCGAGUCUAUGAGUGGAGCCCGUCAAAGUGCACGGCCAGCGUCGAAAUCUCUGGAUUUGGAUUCAAGUUCCGAAGACGCUGGCUGGAAUUGGAGGAGCUGGGCUGGGCAUUUCGUAGACUCAAGAGGAGUCAUGACACGAAAGUUCGAGCUCAAAGCCUGGAGCCCCACUACCCCCUUCUGACGGCGUACGACAGCCCUGAUCAGCCCACGUCGCUGCCCAACCUGCAUCACCACGACGUAGUGCCGCCCCCGCUGCCUCCAUGCCGGGCACGGGGCCGCGCCCUCGUGCGGCCCCGCUCCGUGGAAGCCCUCUGCCGACGCAGCAUGGAGCGGAGGCGGCUGGAGGAGGUCGGCGGGGGCAACAUGUCGCCGCCGCGCCGCCCCCGGGCCUUCGUCAAGCGGCAUGAGGCGGCGCGGCGGCUGUCCCGCCUGGACAGCCCGCAGGACAGCGUGUUGGAUAGCUGGCUAGAGGACGAGUGGCAGUGGCUGGAGGUCCGGAGGCGGGCGGCCUCCACCUCGCCGUGCAGAGGCCACGGCCUGCUGCAGCUGGUGCCGAGGCACACGGAGCGCGUCCACGACGAGCCCAAUACGUCCGACUUGGGCAGCAGUGAGGGCUCGGCCGACGUCGAGUCGACGCUGCUCUUGGAGAAGGUAUUGCCGAGCCACAAAUAUGUUGCGUUGAAAUCGAUUUCUAAAAUCGAAAGCUCGUAUGCGCUAUAAAAUUAAUUAAUCGAUCUACUUCAGUGGUCGGCAAAUGGCCCUGUUUCUGGGACGCUCAAAUGGUGCAUUAAAAAGCUUGCAAAAAUAUUCUGCUCGCUGUUUUCCUUCUGUUGUGGCAAAAUUGUUAUAAAGUAUAAUAAUACAAUUUAUGAUGAAUCGUGUGUGGAUAACAUGAGGAUAAUGUAAAUGUAUGUGCCACAUCCGUGGAAUUUUCACAAACGCAUGCACUACGGUUCCCAGCACUGGCUUGUGAGAAAAAGACACAAUGAAAAUUACGUUUCCAGAGACGAUUAUUUUGAUAUAAUACCCAAGCCUUGCAAAGUUUUUAUGUGGCUCUACACAGUGGCAAUAUGUGUAUUUUGCUAAAUUGUAUUGUGCCCUUAAAAUAUUUAAUUGGAAAAGAUAAAUUUGUUUCCUUGAACGGAUUCUUCUCCCAGAGAAAUGCGUAAAAAUUGUACCUUCAAAUUUAAGUAGCGAAAUUUGUAAGCAUUAAGAGCCUCUCAGGAGAUUUGGUAUACGUCUCUUCAACUACAGGAGUCGGUGCUUUUAAAAUAAUACAAUCCUGUGAGUAACUGCUGCGAUACGGUCAUCAUGCACACGGCACAUUUUAUUUUUCGACGCAACGCAGUUGUUGCCUAUUAUUAAUUCGAUUAUUAUAUUGCGUCACGGCUGCUGCACCCCUGUGAGUGUGGCCGAUUGCUCUGCGCGCGCGAAGCUAUCCAUCCGUCCGUCCACCUGAGCCAAUUAAAAACUAACGCUAUGCCGUGCCAUGCGGUUUGGCUGUUUCUCUUUGUACUCUCGCGUGUGCAAUUGCGAAAUGGAGCAAAUUCCACACUGCUUUGGUCAAAACUCGCCACGUUUCUAACAAUAGCCAUCAAAGUGCUUUCAAAUGAUUAUUCCAAUAUUUAGUUUGAAUGUUUCUCCCGAUUGUUAUAUAAAUAUCAGCAUUUUCACGUUCCGAUGGGCUCUGCAUUUUGGUUAUUCUUCGGUUGUUUUGCUGGGCGAUAAAAGAAUAACUGUAACAACUCACCUGAUAACAGAUCGCGAGAAGCUUUAAAGUUUCUCAGCGAAAACGAAAGGUUCCGUUUCUUGUGAUUCGGAUAAUUAUUGUCUCACUCGUACGAGAGUCGCGAGGAACGAGGAGUGUCGAAAUGACAGGAUAUUCACCAAUGCGAAUCUGAAGCAAUUUAUCAGCGACAAAUUUCGCAACUGACAUUUCCAUUUAAAACUUGCAUUAAAUUUAUUAUUCAUUUUACUCGACUUAAUACCUUUCUGUGUUCCAACAUCCAGAUGGCCGACAA